AUGGGUGCAAGAAAUAUUUCGAGAUUCAAGCAAUCACAAUAUCAAAAUCGAUCAUGCAAACAGCACUGCACGACAAAAUGCAACACCGAGCAAAAGUUCCAGCAGCAGCUUAUCACAUUAUCAUCGCCAAAGAACUCUCGACGUAUCAUCGAGAAUAGAAACGUCACAAACAGCAACAGUGAAAGUUGGAGCAAGAUUAAGCCAAAUAAAACUGGCUUAGAACGUUUCCUUCUGGAACGAGAAUUUUCGGAAAGUAAUACUACACGGGCAUUAUGUGGCUCAUCAUGGGCUUGUUCUACUUCUGAUAAUCUAUCAACAAGUACUUCUUGCCUGAUCGAUGAUCAACAAUAA